GCCCAACAAAAAUGAAAUCCACGUGCCGGAGGAGGAGUAUAAUAAAUGCUUUCAAUGGCCGAAGUCCUACCUCCACAAGGACAGCAAACGCAGCAACAGAAAAUGCAAAGUACGGACAGAAGCUGACCAGGGCAGCAGGGUGGAUCAAACUCAAGACUCACAGGAUCAGAGGAUGGGGACAAAGGAGUUGAUAGAAGAAGCUGAGGAGAGCGCCAAGGAAGAUCUACAGAGACAAGCUGCGAUUCUGGAAGCCCAAGUCAAUAUCCUGAAGGACCAGAACCACGAAUUUGAGGAGGCAACAAUCAACCUACAAAAAAUAGCACAGGGUCAGCAAAGAGAAAUCGAAGCAGCGGCGAGACUGGACGGGAAGAAUGGGGCUAAGCAAAGAGUGGUCCUUCGGUGUCGCUGGAAUGAGAAGCACUCUGACUGGGAGGUUGCAAUCCAUCGCUCGCUCCAGCUUAUCAGCAUGAAGGUGAGUGCCUGCACGGAGAAAGACUUCCGGAACUUGAUAGUCGAGGAUCUACCCACCAGGGUGCACAUUUUGGGAAGAAUGGAAUCCACAACAGAAGGUGGGGACUCCAGGAGAGGGAACUUGGCAGUGGAUUUUAGGCCGAUACUGCUGGUCGUGCAAGAAGCGGCAGUAUUGAAGGGCGACCUGGUAUGGAUGCCGUGGCAGGUCGUAGAGACCAUACCAUGCGGCCUACUGGGAGGGGAGCACUGCAAGAAAGGCAUGCCAUUGGUGGCUUGGCUCCCGACAGUAGUCUCUGCCACGUGCGCAUCUUUAUUUGAGGAAAAACUUAUGGGAGAAUCCUGUGCAAUGGGGAUUCUCGAUGCCAAGACCUGAACAGUUCAGAUACCAAUGCAUUGCUGCCAUUGCAAUUGAUAAUCUAUGCUACGCGGUAAGCGCUCCAUAG